UGUACUACAUCCCCAGUCCUCCUCCCACAUUUCCCUGUUUUCUCUGCCAGAUUGUGACCUUAUGAGGUCAAGGUCAGUAUCUUGGUCGAGUGUAUUUCUGCAUGAGUCUUACACAAAAUGAAAGUUUAUUGAACAUACGAACCCCUUGGAUUUCCACCCCUACUUCCACACAGGAAAUGCUCCCGGGGAGAGAAGGCGGGCUAACAAUGAGCCGGGAGGUCUGGAUUCCGGAUUCUGAGGAGUUAGUUGGGAGCCAUGCUUAAUGAGCCCAGACUCCUCAGCUCCAUUUUGGGAUGACCUGGAAAGCAACCCUUCUGGAUUCCAGAGUAGGGUGAUUAAGAGUCAGGGAGGACACUUGAAUCUUUUUUUUUCUCACCCGAAUCUUCUGAAGAAGCUAAGGGGCCUAGGUUCGAGUUUAAGGAGAUUCGGAAUUUGUCUCCAAGUCUGGUUGAGACCAGUGCAGAAGGCAAGGAUGCCGGGGUGCGAUGUGCGAUGUGCGAUGGAGAUCUUGACCCCUCACUCUGGAGUGGACAGGGAACUGCUUCUUUGCACCCGGGUCCCGCCCCUUUCCGGAAAGCUUCUCUGAUUGGUUGCCCUUCCGAAACGUCAGGCGGUCCCGCCCCGGCGCGCGCCCCGCCGCGUGCCCACCCCCGGGUGGCUGCUGCAGCCUACGCUGUCUCUGCCACUGUCCACCGCCCGCUGAGCUGGACCCAGAGAGGCUCCAGGCCGGGCGUUUGCUUCUGGACCGCCGCGGCGAGCGGGCGAUGCUCCAGCGGCCUGAGCAGGCAUGGAGGCCGAGGCAGGCGGCCUGGAGGAGCUGACAGAUGACGAGAUGGCGGCGCUGGGCAAAGAGGAGCUGGUGCGGCGCCUGAGGCGAGAAGAGGCAGCGCGCCUGGCCGCACUGGUGCAGCGCGGCCGCCUCAUGCAGGAGGUGAAUCGGCAGCUGCAGGGUCACCUGGGCGAGAUCCGCGAGCUCAAGCAGCUCAACCGGCGCCUGCAGGCCGAGAAUCGCGAGCUGCGCGACCUCUGCUGCUUUCUGGACUCGGAGCGCCAGCGCGGGCGGCGCGCGGCGCGCCAGUGGCAGCUUUUCGGGACCCAAGCAUCCAGGGCGGUGCGCGAGGACCUGGGUGGCUGUUGGCAGAAGCUAGCCGAGCUGGAGGGCCGACAGGAGGAGCUGCUGCGGGAGAAUCUGGCGCUUAAGGAGCUCUGCCUGGCGCUGGGCGAGGAGUGGGGUCCCCGAGGCGGCCCCGGGGGCGCGGGAGGCUCAGGCGCCGGCCCGACACCCGAGCUUGCCCUCCCCCCCUGCGGACCCCGCGACCUAGGCGACGGUAGCUCCAGCACCGGCAGCGUGGGCAGCCCGGAUCAGUUGCCCCUGGCCUGCUCCCCCGACGACUGAGGGCGCUGCUUCUACGCCGAUGCCCGCCCGGAUUGCUCCCUGAGCGCCCGGACUGCUGUGGACCUUGGGAUCUGGGCGCUGGCAUGGACGAAGAAGCCCUGGUACUAAGGAGGCCCCCUCGAUCUCGCUGGCGGGGCAGCAGGGGAACUGAAGGCUGGAGCGGAGGGACUUACUGGGGGUUGUGUGGGGACUAAUAAACCGGGAUGGAAGCCGA